CGUGUAAAACCGAGAGAAAAUUGAUAUUACACGUUUGAAUAUUUUCUGACUCUGAACAUCGGACCGACUUGCGUUCGAUUACCAGUCACAGAAGACCGAAUAGCUUCUAGCGACAGUACUUCCACGCGUGAUGACAUAGUGGCUACGUUACCUAGCAAGAGUAGCCACAAAAAAGGCAGAUAGUUUCACAAACCCCUGAAAAACAGCUCAGCCUAGAGAACUGCAGCAGGCCCUUUGUUCACAUUGCAUUUUUGUUUUAUUGUUUUUGUUUUUCCUUUGCUUUUUGAUUUCCCUCGCAAAUUCUGCAACUUCAAAGAUGAAAAAACGUACUGCUUUCCUUGUACAAUUUACAACAAAUAUAAACUCGUAGAGACUACAAAUUACUACAAAUUGUUAGCCUUCAUAGAAUUUACUCGUGCGUAUUUUUUUUCAAACUGCGCUCGAAAUCAUGUGACUGCCAAUUCGAAUUGGUCGAUUCAUGACAUUUACGGUUAACCUUAUUACGUCUAUUGUAGGUGUUAGGGGUUUAUGGUGUUACAUGUUGUACAUUUAUAGGUUCAUCACACUAUAUAAUUCAGUAUCUUUCUUUUUAAGGUUUUGUGCUGGAAAAAUCUGCUACUAAUCUGCUGAAGUUAUGAAGAAAAUAGAAUUCCUGAAGUUGUUUACUGCUCUCUUUGUUGGAUUGUCUUUUUUGGCUAUAAUUAUUCUUUCAUAUUGGAGUUCAACAUUUAAGUUACGUAGACUGGAUGCAAACUAUACAGUAGUUACUUCAAGAGUUGCCCACUUCCGUGAAGCCGAAUCCAAUUCAACAGUAACGACAACAAGUGACAAGUCAAUUUCUAUAACUUCAAAGCCAUUCAUUUAUCUCACUCAAACCGAACAAUGUCUUCCUCAACACUUGGCCUCAUCGACAAGGAUCGGAGAUAAUAAGACCUGCAACUGUGACGUAAUAGUACUAAGUUACAAAGAGGAAUGUCAAGACGACAAGCCAUCACACAUUUCCUAUGUAUUUGCCAAAGAAAGCACCUGGACCACAGGGCGAAAUCUGCUUUACUUUGUUGCAAUAGAGAGAAUACGUCACUACCAUUACUACAUCUUCUUAGAUGAUGAUGUAGAUCUUGGAUUCAACUCGUUUAGUUCUCAAGAAAUAAAGAGACUGUCACCGUUUAGAGCCUUUGAACAAUGGCUUUUGGAUGAUGAACCAGCAGUGGGUGUUGCAAACUAUAACAAUAAUGGUAGGGCGCUUUUGAAAAGAAGACAAUCGAUAUGUGGUAUCAAAGAACCACCGAUAGUCGUUCCAGUGAUGUGGUUCGAUGCUCUCUUUAACGCUUUUCAUCAUCAAUCCAUCAAGCACAUUUUGCCCUGCCCUACACAAUACGACCAAGAGAGUUGGUGGAUCUCUCAGUUACAUGUAAUUUAUUCUACAGAGCUGAUAUUCCGAGGCCAGGCGCUCGCGUAUGUAGCUAUAACUGUCUCCAACAGACAACAUCGUGGUUAUCCACGGGGGCACACGAUGUUUUCCAAACGAAUACCUGUCAUAAUCGAGGACAUUCAAAACAAAGCACCUACAGCUCACCAAAACCGCACCUUGUUUCAGACAUUAAAAACCAGUCAAUUAAAGAGGUACAGCGAGACUGCAACCACCUACUGUAUGAACACAACACAUCGCCAUCCGAUUGUGCCAUACUCACAUUUUGAAGGCCAAAGCUGAAAGACAUAGGUAAUAUAUAGAGCAUCUGACCACAGUUGAACAUUGCAAUAUUGCACUUUAGGUCUAAUGUUAGGUAUUUUAUUUACGUUACCAGUGAUGUCCUGGACACUAGUUUGGCAAAAGCUUUAGCCAAGAAAAGAUUUCUCAAUCAACUACCUGAACUUUGGAUACUAGGAACCAAUCGUAGGAUUUAGUUUCAGUGUGUUAAUCUAGUGCAACCAAGUGAUAUACACUAGUUAUUUUAGGGAGGCCAUUUAAGGGAUGCCAUUUUAGGGAGCGCCCCGGGGAGGCAGAGGUACUGCCUUAUUGGAAAUUUCUAGAUAUAUUUGAUAUAGACGGAGAUAGUUGGGAAAUGGGCUAAAUGUUUAACUGUUAGUAAUAGUAAUUGGACCGAUUGGAGUACAAUUUAGGGAGUAAUCGCGCGAGUGAUUUUAAAAUACGGUGGCCGAUUUGAAAUUACGAGCACGAUUACCCCCCUGAGUAAGAAUUUCUGCAGUCUGAUUGGCUGAGAACAUGUCAAAUAAUCCCAAAUCAGGGCAAUUUCACCAGUGCAAGCAGAGUGAAAUUGAGUGCUAAACGGUGAAAUUGAAAAUGAUUGACAGCUCCGACAAAAUUGAGCCGGCCAAACAAAACGGGGGACAAAAGGUGGACGAAGAUUCAAACUCUUAACCUAAAUCAGUUUAAAUACAGAGACUUGAUAACAAAGCAAAACACAAAGUUCAGCAAAAAUUACAAACUAGUUAUCGUGAAGUGUGUAAGAUAAGAAAUAUACACAGACGACGUGAGGACAAAAACAUAAACUUGAGCUUGGCUGAAUUGAAAAAUGCCGGAUCCGAUCACGACGGCAUGACAAAAUCCCAGUUUAAAAAGUAAAUUUUAAAAUUCCAUUAGUACUACUUCAAAAAACGCGAAGAGGAACGCAACAACAAGACGCCCUAAGAACCUGCCACAUCUUAAUUUUGAAGACGAAAGGGGCAAGCGUUCUACUUUUGCGAAAAAACAAAGCUUAGAGAUUAGGUAAGAUAGUUCACAAACAAAACGCGACAAACGCAAAUCUAACCUGUACAACGUCCAAUGAAGAAGUUAAUAAAUGUCUUUCAGUCACUAAGAAAAUCAGUAUCUUGGUAGAUUUUAGCUUUGUGUUUCUCGGCAUUUUGUUUAAAGCAGCUUGUGCUGGGUUGAAGAGUUGCUUCUCGGCGAAGACAAGCUUGAACGCGGCACAGAGUUUUUCAAUCACUCAAAAAAACAGUUGCAAAAAAAGUCGUAUUAAAACAGCAGGGAGGUUUUCUUUUGCUUUGUGGUCAAUUUCUUCAAUUCAAAUGUAAAAUAAAGACUACUUUUCACAGUUAAACGAAACUGCUCAGUUUUCAUACAUGACUUGUAAUGAAGUUUUACGCUUGAAUUAAUUUUCAUACAAUAAAGAUACACUAACUUGACGCUUCAUUUCUGACGUAAAAUACUGAAGCGUGACAGAAAUUGUCACUUGUACAUUAUUAACAAGUAAUCAAAUGAUUUUUCGCGUGCAAUUUGGAAUAAAUAAGC